AUGUCAAAUACGAUUGAAAGCGAAAGAUCGCGAAAGAUGCCCCGGUUACUUCGGUCUACCGGGGCGGUGGCCGUUUCUGCGCCCGUCGUCGUAGUCCUUCCGGGGACGCGUCCGCAAGCCCGUCGGUCGCGGUUCGUUCGCCGUACGGCAGGUCGACCCGGGCUCCGUCCCCGUGUGUCGCCUCGGCGCGUGCCCGCGGUCUUGGCCGCGGGUCCGCCGUCGAAAUAUUUUUUCACUCUUCGCCCCGGCGAGCGGCCCGUGUACGGCCCGGUGAAUAGACGCGGAUCGGCGUUGGCGGCAAUGGUAUUUUGUCGCCUGUCCGAUGCGCCCGAAGCCAUCACCCCCGCGGUGCUCUCGCUCCGGGUAGCCGUCGUCGUUCCCGGCCGGUCGCGCUAA